GUUAAAGGAUUUAAAAAAAAAUGUUCGCAGCCUUGGUGUUUGGAGUUAUUAAAUUAUAUUGAUGAUCAUCAUGAGACGCUUUCCACUAAAGUCAUGACCCUUCCUGUAUUAUUAUUCAAGAUACAAAUGUAUAGAUAACAACAGUAAUAGUAAAGAUAAAUGAUAAUCUUGAUUAUACUGGGUGCUUAUUAUGUGCCAAGCGCCACUUAAACACUAUCAUCUCAUUCAAUCCCAGCAACAAUCCUAUUUUAUAGAUGAGAAAAGUGGGGAGUCCAAGGGUUAACUUGCUCUAGUUUCAAUAAUUUGACUCAAACGCCUUUUAACAUUAUGUACAAUGCCUUUUUUAUUUGUUUAUCGAUUGGGCCACUAAAAUACAAACGUGGUUAAAGGGUGGGGAAUUUAGGAGACUGGUCAUUUCUCUGGGGAGAAGUAAACUCUGCUUCAACACUAUCCGUCCAUCACAUCACCCUGCAUCCCACGUACACCCCUCAGCCCUCCACCCACUCAUGCCUGUUUUAAGCAAGGCUACCAAGACUAAAACACACUGGGCGCCUAACGUGCCACUCCCCGCUUAGUACGGGGAACUCCCUCCAGCCUAGGUCUUGCUCACUGGCAAACUCACACAUCCCGAGCGCGGGGGAUAGAUUGGACUUUCGGGUAGUUUGGCUCUCCGGGUUUCCGUAGGAGCCACCACCUGCUCCGCCUCUGGCUCCGCCCCCUAGCAACGCACAGGCUUGUGUUGACAACUAGCGGAGUGGCUGCGCCCAGGCCUGAGGGUGGGCGGCCUCGGCGAAAUGCGGGUGGUGUGGCGGUGGCCCAGGCCACUACAGGACGUUUGGGGCCUUUCGCGACUCUAGCGGCUCUCAGGCUGCCUUAACUUCCCGGUAACAGGGCCUCUUUGGACCCAGCGGCUGCCGACAAACCGCAGGGCAGGAGGAUUUCCCACACACACACACUCUCCUCACCGCUGCCGCCAGCCAUGUCCACGGCGCAGGCAGUGGCUACGGCCGAGACCCAGGAACCCGGCAGCAGGAAGAAGUCCAACACUCCCCGUCAAAUCCCGGUGGUUGGGGUGGUGACUGAGAACGAGGAGGCGCAGGGUGUUUUCAAGCCUAUGGACCUUAAUCAUGUCAUCAAACUCCUUGAAGAGACUGAUAAGGAUGAUUUUGAAGAAAAACAGCUUAAAUGUGUUAAGAAACUGGUGCAGUGUUUUCAGAAUGGACUUCCCUUAAGGGAUUUAGCACAAAUAUUUAAAAUUCUGAAUCUGUGUGCAGGAAAGAUUGAAAAACAGCCCCGUUUUAUAGAAUCUGCAUAUGAUAUCCUAAAAUUGUGUAGCUUGCCAUUUUUGAAAAAGAAAGUAUCGGAUGAAAUAACUUAUGCUGAAGAUACUGCUAAUUCAAUUGCGCUUCUGGGUGACUUAAUGAAAAUACCAAAUUCUGAAUUGAGGAUACAAAUUUGUAAGUGUAUUGUUGACUUUUAUCAUGCAGAACCACCAAAGAAGCAUAUUCCAGGUUACCAGCAAGCUAGUUCAUCAUAUAAGAUUCAAAUGGCUGAAGCUGGAGGAUUGGCAAAAACAAUGGUCCAGGCAAUGACCUUGUUUGAAAAUCAACUUGUUGAGAAACUCUGGGUACUGAAAGUUCUGCAACAUCUCUCAACUUCUGAAGUUAAUUGUACUUUAAUGAUAAAAGCACAAGCAGCCAGUGAAAUUUGUGCUCACCUCAAUGACCCAGAUCCCUCUGGACAGGUUCUAUUUCGUUCAUCAGAAAUACUUUGGAACUUAUUGGAAAAAUCUUCAAAAGAAGAAAUAAUACAACAGCUUAGUAACUUUGAAUGUUUGCUGGCUUUGAAGGAAGUAUUUAAAAAUCUGUUUAUGAGAGGUGUUAGUCAUUAUGACCGUCAGCUUAGAAAUGAUAUAUUAGUGAUCACUACAAUUAUUGCUGACAAUCCUGGAGCACCAAUGAUUGAAUGUGGCUUUACUAAGGAUUUGAUACUAUUUGCAACCUUUAAUGAAGUUAAAAGCCAAAAUCCUUUGGUAAAAGGACUUAAGCUUUCUAAUUCCUAUGAAGAUUUUGAGUUGAAGAAAUUACUAUUCAAUAUAAUUGUGAUCUUAUGUAAAGAUUUACCUACUACACAGCUAUUAAUUGAGGGCAAAGUUGUUUUGGCUUUGUUUACCUAUGUUAAAAAGCCUGAGAAACACAAAGCAGUUGAAUGGUCUUCAGCACAGUAUGAAGAAUUACAGCUGCAUGCAAUUGCCACUUUGUCAUCAGUGGCUCCUCUAUUAAUAGAAGAAUAUAUGUUAUGCCAAGGAAAUGCUCGAGUUCUUGCAUUUCUGGAAUGGUGUGAGAGUGAAGAUCCUUUCUUUAGUCAUGGUAACAGUUUUCAUGGUACAGGUGGCCGUGGCAACAAAUUUGCACAGAUGCGUUACAGUUUAAGACUUCUGAGAGCCAUGGUCUACCUUGAAGAUGAGAUUCUAAACACAGAUCUUUGUGAAAAGGGAGCAAUUCAGCAAAUGAUAGGAAUCUUUAAAAAUAUAAUAAGCAAGCCUAAUGAAAACGAAGAGGCCAUUGUUUUGGAAAUCCAGUCUGAUAUAUUGCUUAUUUUAUCGAGUCUUUGUGAACUUCAUAUUCAAAGGAAGGAAAUUUUUGGAACUGAAGGAGUAGAUAUAGUUCUUCAUGUAAUGAAAACAGACCCAAAGAAGUUACAGAGUGGCUUAGGCCAUAAUGUACUUCUUUUUAGUACAUUGGACAGCAUUUGGUGCUGUAUUUUGGGAUGUUAUCCCUCAGAGGAUUACUUCCUUGAAAAGGAAGGCAUUUUCCUCCUUUUGGAUUUAUUGGCACUGAACCAAAAGAAAUUCUGUAAUCUAAUACUUGGAAUAAUGGUUGAAUUUUGUGAUAAUCCCAAAACAGCAGCUCAUGUCAAUGCUUGGCGAGGGAAGAAGAAUCAGACAGCUGCUAGUCUUUUAAUUAAACUGUGGCGAAAGGAAGAAAAAGAACUAGGAGUAAAACGUGAUAAAAAUGGGAAGAUCAUUGAUACAAAGAGACCUCUAUUUACUAGUUUUCAAGAAGAGCAAACAAUUAUACCACUGCCUGCUAAUUGCCCAUCUAUUGCAGUUUUGGAUGUUGCUGAGAAUAUCAGAGCAAAAAUUUAUGCUGUGUUGGACAAACUAGAUUUUGAAAAUUUACCUGGCCUGUCUACUGAAGAUUUUGUCACCCUCUGUAUUAUACAUAGAUACCUUGAUUUUAAAAUACAAGCUACACACAAGCAAAGAGAACUGGCUAAUAAAUCAUGGGAAAAUUUUGUGGCUAGAACAUCAAAUGCUAAAACAUUAAAGAAAGCAAAAAGGCUUCAGGAAAAAGCUAUAGAAUCCUCUAGAUACAGUAAACGACCACAAAAUGCAAUAUUGCACCAGACAGAUAUUAAAGGCCUUAAUACAACGGUACCCUCUGGUCCGGUAGUAACAGUGGAAAGCACUCCUGCCCGAUUAAUAGGAGGACCUCUGGCCGAUACUGAUAUUGCUCUUAGAAAACUGCCCAUUCAAGGAGGAGCCUUGCAGAAGGUGAAAGCAGUUAAAGCUGUGGAUGAACCAAGAAAGAGUAUUCCUACAUAAUAUACUUUAGAGACUUUUUGAAAUAAAGUCUGCUUAUAAUCUUUUAGUUAAAUAUAUCUUUAUAUGUAAAUGUAAAGCAAAUAUUUUAGUACAAUACCAUGAAAAAUAAAAGUAAGGACAUAAAAUUUAUUUUUAUUGGAAACAACAACAUAAUAUCAGAAGAG